UUUAGACGUUAUAAUUAAGAGUAACUGGGAUUGCUUUGAUCAUCUCUUUUGUUUUUGCAUUGGAAUAUUGCCUGUAUAUAUAUAUAUAGAGCUAGCUGUAGAUAGUAUAGAUAUAUUCCAAAGACAAACAUAUUCAUGCAAGCUGUGAAAUAGCUAGGCACAGAGAGAGAGAGAGAGAGAGAUGGAAUGGAGGAAAUGUUAUCUGGAUAUGGCGCUUGUGCCUUCAGGUGUGCUGAUAAACAUUGCCUAUCACGCAUGGCUAUGGUAUAGAGUCCGUAUGCAUCCGCUCACCACCCUCAUUGGAACAUAUUCAAAGGCACAGCGCUUCUGGGUCCCCGCGAUGAUGAAGGACAAUGACAAAAGGAGCAUCCUGGCAGUCCAAACCCUGAGGAACAUGAUCAUGGGAUCAACCUUAAUGGCCACCACCUCCAUCCUUCUAUGCGCAGGCCUCGCAGCAAUCAUAAGUAGCACAUACAGUGUUAAGAAGCCACUCAGUGACACUGUUUAUGGGGCUCAAGGGGAAUUCAUGCUAUCUUUAAAAUAUGCCACCCUCCUAAUUAUCUUCCUAUUCUCCUUUUUCAGUCUCUCUAUGUCUAUUACUUUUCUAAACAAAGUAAACAUCCUUGUUAGCAUCCUAGAGGACCCUAUGUCCUUAACGACCCCACAGUAUGUUUCUGAUGUUUUAGAGAAGGGCUACCUUUUAAGCGUUGUGGGCAAUAGGAUUUUCUAUGUGGCACUUCCUUUGCUACUUUGGAUCUUCGGGCCAGUACUGGUUUUCUUGUGUUCUGUGACAAUGGUGGCAGUUCUUUACAACCUUGAUUUCCUGGACCAGUGUGGAAAUGGAAAGGUGUUUCAGUGUAGAAAUUUGGACUCAGCAUAAUUGUAGACUAAUUUAUCUAUAGUAUGAAUUGGAUUUCCUUUUCAUU